CAUUUAUGAGUCAAACGAGGAACGGCGAGUUUCUGAAAGCGUUUCGAAACGAAACUCCGAGAUACAGCGUGUUAUUUCCACGGUAUGGGAAACAAUUUGGGGUAACGUUUUAAUUGGUCAAAGAGCUGCCGCCAUGUUCAAGACGAAAUCCCCAAAAGUGUUUGCACUCGAAACGGGACAUAUAUAUAUUCAGGCAUUGAAAAGAGAGAGAACGAAGAUGCUAGUAUAAAAAGUGCAGCAACGCAAACAGGGCAGGGUUGCCAAGUGUAGGGCUUUUCCGCCAAAAUGGCGCCUUGAGGUAGUGGUUUGGAUUGUCGAUGUCAAAAUAAUCGAAUGCGAAUCGCCCCCCUAGGUUUUGCAAAAGAUCUUGGUGAGAUUACAACUUUUCUGAACAAACAGGGUACGGUAUCACUGACAAUUGAUAUCAAAUAUGGCAACAAAAAAGAUCAAUGGAUUAUAUGUGCCUUUUAAUCAGUUAUGUAAACGAAAUGUAUCUAUGGUAAAUACUGUAAAACGCACAUAUGCAACCACGGAUGAAGUUGACAAUCAGGUUACUCAUACUGGUCAGGUAUUUGAGAAAGACGACUAUCGAUUAGUAAGAUUUUUAAACAGGCCAAAAGAAGUUAAUAAAAAUUGGGCAAUUAAAUUGAUAGAUGAAGUACCAUCGUCUCCUAAAAAAGAUAGAAUUGUAGCUUGUGAUGGUGGUGGAGGACCCCUUGGACAUCCUAAAGUUUAUAUAAAUUUAGAUAAACCAGGCAAUCAUAUCUGUGGUUAUUGCGGAUUACGAUUUCACAAAGAAAAUCAUUAGAUGAUGUAUGUAUAUG